AUGCCUUCAAGCAUGGCACAGUCAUGGGCGCGUCUCCCCCUCGCCUUGGAACGCACGUUCAACAAGCUCACAGGCAGCUUCGUCCGCAAACCAUUUGCAGACCGCUUUCUAAUGACUUCCCGCCACCUGCCUCAACACCCGCCGGUAUUCUGCGUCGUCGACCUUUUGUAUCCGCCCCCGCAGUACCAGCAGCGGAGAAGUGCGCUCCCCGUCGUGGGCGAGCUGGAGAUUUUGCAGGCGGAGCUCUACCGCUGCCAGAGCCAGUCAUCCUUUGGCAACGAUGUGGAGAGGGAGCUCUUGGAUGCGGAUGCCGAGCAUCUGAGCCAAUGGAUAGAGCAUCUGGAGAAUCUGGUGUACAUGGAGGCGGCAACGACGAUCCCGUCGAGGUACCAGCAGGAGUGUACGGCUGUUAGAAUGUUUAAAAGAGCCUUCAAACGUAAUAAAACCCGUCAACCUUGA